GGCUGUGUUUGAUCUGAAGGCAUAGUACCUGCCCCCAGCAUGGGCGCUCUCUCUCCAUCUCUUCGAUUUGCUUUUGUUUUUCAAAUUCUAGGUCCCGAAGAGUAAUACAAGAUGGGUAACCUCACUGAGUUUGUUGUUGUGGGUCGCCACGUCCCCACCGAGGCCGAGCCUUCCCCCAAGCUCUACCGCAUGCGCAUCUUCGCCCCCAACAACCUUGUCGCCAAGUCUCGCUACUGGCAGUACAUGAAGAAGCUCCAGCGCAUCAAGAAGUCCGUUGGUGAGAUCCUCCACGUCGGUGAGGUCCCUGAGAAGAACCCCAACGUCGUCAAGAACUUCGGUAUCUGGAUCCGCUACGACUCUCGCUCUGGCACCCACAACAUGUACAAGGAGUACCGUGAGCUUUCUCGCGCUGAUGCCGUCUCCGCCUGCUACAUGGAUCUCGCCGGUCGCCACCGCGCCCGCGCUCGCUCCAUCCAGAUCAUCCGCAUCCAGGAGGUUGAGAAGUCCGAGGAUCUCCGCCGCGCUUACGUCCAGCAGUUCCUCAACUCCAAGAUCAAGUUCCCUCUGCCCCAGCGCCGCGUCCGCGCCACCUCCAAGUCCUUCAAGACCGUCCUCAAGGCCAACCUCCCCAGCAUCUCUGCUUAAGAGUCUUAGACUUGAGCUCUCUAGUCUUGGCCAGCAACACUCCCAUUCUUCUGUAUUGAUGAACUUUGUGCAAGGCGAAUGGGUUCGUCCUGUUACUCUUCAAAUAGAGCGAACUUUUCACUCUCCUAUCACCACAUAUCCCCCCAGAGCCGCGCCCCCCUCCCCCCCUUGUCUCUUCUCGUGUGUCUGUGUUUUUUGUAUCAUCAUCCUUUCGCGCCUCCUCCUCCUCCUUG